CUGCAUCAGUCACGCAAACAACUUCAAACAGAUUUCAGUAUAGAAACACUGAACACCCUACGCAACUAAUUAAAAUGCAAAAUCAGUCAAACACAAAUAAUAAUCCGCUAAAUGCGACGUCGUUUCCGUUCAAACCGUCGCAUCACCGGCGAGCACACUCCGAGACAAACUUCCGGUUACCGGACGAUCUAGAUCUAGCGUCAGAUCCGUACGAUGCACCUUCUGGAAGCUUCGAAGAGUUAGGAUCUGAAGAAGAUCUGUUUUGCACGUAUAUGAACAUUGAGAAGCUCGGAUCUGGUUUGAACGAUGGCGGAAGUUUGGAUAACGGUCGGAGUAACAAUGCCGGUGGUGGCAGUGGAGGUUUAGAGGAUGAUAACGGUGGCGGUUGUGCCGGAGAAAAUAGCGGUGGUAGGUUUCGGCAUCGGCAUAGUAGUUCGGUUGAUAGUUCGAGUUUUUUGAGUGAGAGUAUUGAAGCGAAGAAGGCUAUGGCUCCUGAACAGCUUGCUGAGUUGUGGAAUCUGGAUCCGAAGCGUGCUAAGAGGAUUUUGGCAAACCGACAAUCUGCAGCGCGCUCAAAAGAGAGGAAGGCGCGUUAUAUGUCUGAGCUCGAGAGAAAAGUUCAAACCUUGCAAACAGAAGCAACCACUCUGUCAGCACAAUUGACUCUGUUUCAGAGGGAUACAACUGGCCUGUCUUCUGAAAACACCGAACUUAAGUUUAGAUUCCAAGCUAUGGAACAACAAGCUCAAUUAAGUGACGCUCUAAACGAGGCGCUAAAGCAAGAACUAGAAAGACUCAGAAUGGCGACCGGAGAAAUAGCAAGCGGUUCAGAUGGUUACAAUUUGGGAAUGCAUCAUGUUCCCUAUAACCAAUCAAACUUCUUCACGAACCAUCCACAGCCCGAACCACCACAUUACCACCAUUUCCACCAGUCAAACAUGUCAAACCACCGCCACCCUCUACUUGCAGCCGCCCAACAGGAUCCACUUGGCGGCUUCCAGGGGCUCGAUAUCAGCUCUGGAGGUAAAUUUCAUUAUGUCAAACCUGAAGGCCCUUCGAUAUCAGCCAGCGAAAGCAGCACUACAUAUUGAUUCACAUUGUUUUUUUUUUUUUACAUUUGUGUUUCGCCAAAUUCUUUCAAAUUGUUCAUAGACUAACACCUUGUUAGUACCUGGAAACACUGUCUUCAAAGUUAUUUAUUUUUAAAAAUUAAAAUUUUAAAUA